AUCCACAUAAACAAUCUUCUCUCUCAUGCCUAUAAUAUAAAUCAUGCCUUCUUCCUUCUUACAACAGUUUUCCAUCCAAAAACUCAGCCAUGGCCGUCGAUGUUUGCUCCAUCUCCGAAGUUUCAACAAGCCCAAGAAUCUCAUUCUCCCAUGAUCUCGAUGAUCCAGAAACCAAAUCCGAUUCGACCCACUCCAUCAGAUCCGACCAAUUCCUUCUAUCUCCCACUUUCCAUUUCGAUUUCUGCACCACUUCCACUUUCACACCUGCCGAUGAGCUCUUCUCCAAUGGCAAAAUCCUCCCCACCCAAAUCAAAAAGCCUCAAACGAUUCAACUCCCCGAUCCCAAAACUAAAAUAUCAGACACCCACAAAAAACGACUCAAGGAGUUCAUAUUCCAUGGUGAGCAAGAAGACGAAGAGAAAUCCACAUUGAAAUCAUCAUUCUGGCAAUUCAGGCGAAGUGCAAGCCUUAAUUGCGAUAAUGGCAAAGGACCAAAAGGGCUGCUUAGAUCGUUAUCGCUAAAGAGCUUAUCACGAAGCAACUCAACGGGUUCGGCUCUGAAUCCGAAGCGAAAUUCGAGCCCGAAAACGAUGGAAAAAUCGAAAGAUUUAAGAAGAUGUUCGAGCUUAAGUCAACCUCCAGCUUCUUCUCAUGUGUAUUAUACAUAUCAAAAUUCAAAUAACUCAAAGAGCUGCAAAGGAGGGAUCAGAAUAAUUCCGAUCUUGAACAUUCCACCUGCUUAUAAUAUUUCAAAGGGGACUAUAAAUUUCUUUGGGUUUGGUUCACUUUUUUGCAAUGGAAAAGCUAAGAAGAAAACCAAAUGAUUCAGAGGAGGGUCUUUGUAUUUUGUUUCUACUUCAAUGUAAUUUUGCUUCUUUUACUUGAUAUGAUAUACAU